CUGGCCAGCCGCGGGAGCGCGGCAUGGCCUCUCUGGACCUGCCGUACCGCUGUCCUCGCUGUGGAGAGCACAAGCGCUUCCGGAGCCUGUCGUCGCUGCGCGCCCACCUGGAGUACAACCACACCUACGAGACCCUCUACGUGCUGUCCAAGUCUAACAGCGUGUGCGACGCCGCCGCACUGCUCCCCCUGGUGGCCGACAGCGCCCUGGCAGCGGAGACCCGCUUCCCCUACCGCGAGCUGCCCUGCCCAGGCGACGAACUCGGCCUCGCCCCGGUGCCCACCAAAGCCGCCUGCUACCUGCCCAAUGUGGAGUUCCCCCUGGGUGAGAUCUUGGUGAAGAAAGCCAUGAGCUCGGCGGACGCUAUCACCCCUGCCACCGCCGUCGCCUCCGGUAGCAGCGCUGUCGCCGUGGCAGCCAACGUGGCAGCCAGCGCGGUCGAGGCCGCCUACGAGGAGGGCCUGGCACGCCUCAAAGCCCGGGCCUUCGAGCGCCUCGAGCUGGAUGAGCGCCUGGAGAAGCUGUCCGAGGAGGUGGAGCAGAAGAUCGCGGCACGCGUGGGCCGCUUGCAGGCCGAGCUGGAGAGGAAGAGCUCGGAGCUGGACAAGGCCAAGCAGGAGAGUGAGAGACUCUGCCAGGAAAAGCAGGAGCUGGAGGACAAGGCCUCGGAGCUGUCCCGCCAGGUGGACGUCUCCGUGGAGAUGCUGGCCAGCCUCAAGCAGGACCUGGUCAACAAGGAGCAGGAGCUCUCGCACAAGCAGCAAGAGGUGGCCCAGAUCGACCAGUUCCUGCAGGAGACGGCGGCGCGGGAGGCCAGCGCCAAGGCUCGACUCCAGCACUUCAUCGAGGAGCUGCUAGACCGUGCCGACCGCGCCGAGAAACAGCUCCAGAUCAUCAGCAGCUGUGGGACUACGCCCAACGGCAGCCUGGGACGCUGCAGCCUGCAAGGCAGCAAAGCCAACGGCCGGCAGAGGAACUCCAGUCUCUCCGGUUCGAGAGGGAUGUACCAGGUGUCUGAGAGGCACGCCUCACCCAGCACUAAUGCCAGGGUGUCUGGGAGGUCGAAGUCAGUGUCUCAGGGCACAGCGACAGGCUACGACAGCGAUGGCAUGGACCCGCACGCGCUGGAGGCCGGCGUGGAGGAGCAAGGCUGCGACGGACGCUGCCGCCCGGGCGACUCGGGCGCCUACGAGCGCCGCAACUGGGGACUCCGUAAACAGGCCAUCCAGAACUGGCACCGGCGGCCGUACCGCAACAGCACAGAGGGUGAGGAGGCCGACGUCUCCGACGUGGGCUCCCGCACCACCGAGUCGGAGGCGGAGCCAUGGGAGCACGAGCGCCGGGCGUCGGCUGACAGCCAGCAGCAUGCCGCCCACCGCGGCGGGUACCGCCUUGGCACAGGUUGCUCGGAGGCCGGUUACCGGCCUUGCCGCCAUGAGAAGAGCCCGUCCAAGUCCGGCGAGGUGAUCAGUCCCGAGGUCCUGAAGAUGCGUGCAGCGCUCUUCUGCAUAUUCACCUACCUGGACACCAAGACCCUGCUGAGGGCGGCCGAAGUGAGCCGCGACUGGAGGUUUGUGGCGCGCCACCCAGCCGUGUGGACCCGCGUGCUCCUGGAGAACGGCCGCAUCUCCUCCAAGUUCUUGUGCACACUCUCCCAGUGGUGCACCCAGACCCACUCGCUCAUCCUGCAGAACCUCAAACCCAGACAGAGAGGCAAGAAAGAAACCAAGGAAGAAUAUCUGAAAAGCACACGUGGGUGUAUAGAGGAGGGUCUGGAAGCCCUGCUCAAAGCUACAGGAGGAAACCUUCUCAUCCUGAAAGUGUCUCAUUGUCCUAACCUGUUGACCGAUCGCUCUCUGUGGCUGGCGAGUUGCUACUGUCGAGCUCUUCAGGCUGUUACGUACCGGAGUGCCACAGAUCCUGUUGGCCAAGAGGUUAUUUGGGCUUUGGGAGCAGGCUGCAGAGACAUCAUCUCGCUACAGGUGGCACCCUUACAUCCCUGUCAACAGCCCGCGCGCUUCAGUAACAGGUGCCUGCAGACGAUUGGCCGGUGCUGGCCACACCUCCGAGCCUUGGGAGUGGGCGGGGCUGGGUGUGGGAUACAGGGAUUGGCCUCUUUGGCGAGGAACUGCAUGCGUCUGCAGGUUUUGGAGCUGGACCAUGUGAGCGAGAUCAACCAGGAGGUGGCUGCUGAGAUGUGUCGGGAGGGCCUGAAGGGUCUGGAGAUGCUGGUGCUGACGUCCACGCCCGUCACCCCCAAAGCCCUGCUGCACUUCAACAGCGUGUGUCGUAAUCUGAAGUCCAUCGUUGUGCAAAUAGGCAUUGAAGAUUACUUUGAAGACCCCAACAGUCCCGAGGCCAGGAAGCUCUUCGAUGAGAUGGUUAACAAACUGCAGGCACUGAAGAAGAGACCCGGCUUCUCCAAAAUCCUCCACGUGAAGGCUGACGGUCUGUGCUAGCCCCGCCCACCGCGGCGGGUACGUGACUGCAGCCGUCGACACCCCACUCUGCCCUGAUUGCGUCAACUCCUCCUCUGCCAACUGGGCUGAUCCUCCAUCGUCAGUCUCAGCUACCAUGUCACUGACAAAACAAGAAACUCUCCACACUGCAGCCAAGGUACGGCCUUUCCACGUUCAGACCGGAGCGGUGAUCUUCAGAGGGACGCCACGGAGACGGGAGUCACGCCGAAGCAAAUUCCAAUGGCGGGCGGAGCUGCGGUGCGUUCGUCACGCUCUCUCACUUUUGCAGACUCGUCAUUGAACAGGACUCGUCCUGGCUUUGUCUUCAUAGCACAGAGCUGUGUGCCUAUACAGCCAGGGACAGCGACGAUGUCCAGCUGACGAGCCAAGCAACACAAGCAGCAUAUGUAUGAAGUCGAUAAUUAAAGAAGGAAUAGACUAAGGAUAUAUAUGUGUAUGUGUGUGCAAGUGUGCGUGUGUGUGUGUGUGUGUGUGUGUAUUAUUCCCUGGUAUUAAACAAGGACACGGGAAGAAACGAGUCAUGAAAUUCGGCGUGUGUCAACACCAACCAUGACCCGGAUCAGCAUUCCAGCGGUCACAUUGCUGAGGUCUUUCCUGCACAAAUAACACCACCAGCUCCUUGUCUGGCACACCGAGGCCCUUUGGUACCGCCGACCGUCUCUCUCUGCUGUAGCCCCUUCCCGAGUCCCGCGCGGGGAACAGCAGGAUGUGCGUUAAGAGCUGCGAUGUUCCCCACCAGUGUCUAUCCCCUCCCCGGAGCAGGAUGAUGAUCAGCGAGUGUCCAACAGCAUUCCAGCUGUAGUCCGAAUACGCCAGCCCCCCCGGCCCGGCUCUUUACGGGUCAUUCCUCAGGCACUUACGUCAUUUAGGACUCGUGUUCUUAAACUGUUUUCUCUUUGAAAAUGUAUUCACAGUUUGUACAUUUUUUUGCUACCAUUACUAUUAUUAAUAUUUAGGAAUGUCGAUUCAUAUCCCUGUGGAAGAGCCAGAGUUAUAGAGUCAUACUGUUCAUAUGCGGUUAAUGUGGACACAUCAGCGUUGGUCUAGGCACCGACUCCAUUAAAAGGGCAGCAUUCACAUUAAUAUGGUGCGUUGACUUGCUCGCCAGGUGAUCUGUCACCUUUUUGCUUUUUUGUUUUGUCUACAUUCCAUUAGAAGCCUGUUUUGUUUUGUUUUUUGCUUGUUGGCUUUCGUGUUACUAAGUGCGCAUAAGCCUGAGCGCAACUUCUACAGCUCGGGCUGUGUCCAGGUUGGUCUCCAGAGCAGAUCUGAGGUGGUGGUCAGAGGUCACGCUUCCAAGAGCUUCACGGGACGACACAGCCUGAGAGCUCGUGACAAAGUGAUGUGCCGACCACAGGGACAGAUCUCGAGUUCCACUCGGGUGCGUUAUGGGCAUGGAACAGUCGGGGUUUGAAAUAUCGGUGGUUGGGUAGAGCAAACACUGUCACUCGUGGUUAAUCCCGAGUCGGACGUUCCCUUUUAAAUGCCAGGAGAAUGUUGGGGUUUGCUGGGCCGUGUUGAGUUGUUGGUAUCCUCUUUAAAAAUAAACUAAAAAGGGUUCAAACAAGGUACUUUUUAAUCCACUUAAUUUUACAGAGAUUAAGAGAAAAAUAGCCUUUCACUGAUUUUAAUUUAUUCAAAGGAAUUAAAAUCCUUAUAAAAAGGUUGAUACAACACGCACAUGUAAAACUUGUUUGGGUUCGAUGUAUGAGCAAGCUGAUAAACAGCAAAGACAUUUGGUCCUAGAUUCUUUUUUUCCAUCUUUAUUCGGGCUGCCAGUGAUUCUCACUGCCAACAUUUCUGAGCAGGCAACUACUGAAGAAAUCACAGCAAUCGAGAUGUAGGCUUUCUCUCUGUUUUGGGGUUUUUUGCUAAGACCUGUCGGUUUGUUUACUUCUGUUUACUAGAAGAGAGUUGAUCUUUUGCAGUGACAGUGCAAAGCUGCGUUUUUAACUGGAAUCGUGCUGGUCUUGGAUUGAGUGAAUUUUUUUGCCAAGUCUCAGUAACAGCCGGAGAUGUUAUGGCACCGUCAUAGUCCAGCUGCUCCUACACAACCCUGCUGAUGCAAUAAAAGUAAUGCAGGCAAAAGUUUCUACCACUUUGUUCAGGACUCUCAGCACUGUACCAGUUACCCAUCGGGCUUUGCUGUCUCCCUUGGUCCGGUCUUCGAGCUCUGUUCUGUUUACUCUGUUUACUUUAGUCCAGGGUGGGGUUUGGUACCAGAGUACAAUGCUGGAUGUACCUGCCUUAAAGCUCUUCAUGGGCCUUGCGGUACUACUGAACAGGCUGUGUUCUACCGUGUGCCCUGUAGUGAUUACUGAACAUCUACAGAUUGCCUGAAGGGCGGCAUGUUCUAGUGGGAUGGCGCUGGUGCUUGGUGGAGCAUCGUGUCUCGUACCCGUCCCCCACAAUCCUUUUUAGGCACGCGAGAGACCCUGCAACCUGUGCGAUGGCAGGACACGGCGGACGACUGAACAUUCCUUUCGCUCUCCUCGCGGACUUGGGUUCACACGCAACAGGGAGCGCUGCCAUGGUUCCUCGGCAGGCCUGGCCUACACUUUCCGUUCCUGACAAUCCGUCUCCCCAAGACUUUAAAAGCUGUACAAACGUUGUUUAUGCAGGACUAAGGAGUUACGUUAUGUUAAUAUUCCGUGGCGGAGGUGGGAGUUCUGGAGCUUCUAGAUCCAAGCACCUCCAUUCUCCUUUCAGUUUUACUUUUGUUCUUUCCAAAGUUUCUUCUGUGGUGCCUGAGUUGACCACAUGAAAUAUAUCUUUCAAAGAGUAGUGUGGAACUUGCAGUAUGUCGUGUAUCAUAGAUGCUUUAUAUAUUGAAUGUGUAUCAGAGUCCUAUAGAGAUGGAAAUUAUUUAAAAACAGAGCAUAAAGUUUAUUUCAGCUAUUUAUUUCUUUAACAAAUGUCUAUAAUGAUGGCAUGUUUGUGUUAAAGCAUAAGACAUCACAUUGCCUUCUUAACUGUUCGAACUGUUGGAUAGUUGCUAGAAUAUUACAGCUUUGUAUGUAAGAGCUCUAUUGCUUGCUAUAUUUGAUUUUUAGACUGAGCAAAUUUUGCACCAUAUUUAAAAAAAAAAAAAAGCAAAAUGCUAAUGUUUAGUAUUAGGGUUAUUUGAUGUCACUUCGUUUAAUGUUAAGGUUUUUGCAGUAUUUGACUUAUGAUGCACUUUUUCAUCGAAGCGCUUUCCAAGGUCUGUAACUGCGAGCUUCGCGAGGUUAUACCAAACCUGCUCUCUUACAGCAGUGGCCAUGCUGUUUCUCAUUGAGCUUCACUCUCUCGAGCCAAAAACACAAUCUGUCCUUGUUGAUGAACUUUUCAGUCACUUAACUGUGGCAAAAGUACUCUUAGUAUGGAACGCGCCCCAACAGGCGACCAGGUUUCCCUAAAUGUCAGAGUUUCAGUGGAAGUGUGCCAGAACUCGUAAGACUUAAUACUGUAGUGACUGCAGAAGGCCGUGUCAAAGGUCAUGUAGUACAAAUGCACAACAUUGGAUAUUAUUCUGUAACCUUUACAAAUCUUACAAGUUAUAGCAGUGGACUUCAGAAACCACUGCAUAUUGGGUUUGUUAAAUGGUUAGUUUUGGUUGGAUUAAAUGGCUGGAUGUACUUGAUUGAGUGGCUGGUCAAGACAACGAGGUGCUUUUUCAGACAGAGCUGAGGCCUACAUGUGGACUUGGCUACUCACUGAAAAUCCUACUUAACCCGACGACAGGCCCUGUGUCAUCUCCAGCAUGUAACAGAAAUGAAUGAAAUCAGAAAUCGAAGCAUUUCGAUGGUUUUUACGAAGUACAAAAGAUCACCGAUGCUUUCCUUUUCAUCUUUCAGUGUAGUUUUGUUUGGGUGGUUUUUGCAGAAUGCUAGCAGAGCCCAUAGACUUAACCUGUGCCAGCACGCAUUCCUUAGCAGAUAAGCAGGCUAUUGUAGAUACAAUCAGUUUUAGUGGUGUUAGCUGUUUUAAAGUGCCAGGUGUUGUGACCUUUCUCAUGUGGCUGUCCUGUAAAGAUCUGUACCCACAACGCACUAUGUUACGCUGCGCUUCUAUUUACAGUGUCAAAAAAGAAGAACAAAACACGAGUCCACACAGCUGAUAUGACGACUGGUGUAUAAUUUAUAUUAAUUGCAAAUGAGAUGUGUAAGUGGAAUAACAUUCGCUAUAUUAUAUUUAUGCCAAAAUGUGUGUGAAAGAGACGUUGCUCACUUCUCUUUAAAAAACAAAAACAAAGCCUUCAUGGACAUGCACAUCCCUGGACUGCUACACUGCUGUUUACAUUGUACAUACACGUUUCCGGAACGAUCAGCUGUGUUAGGCUUUAUUGAUCAUUACAUGUCAAUUGUUUUCAUUGGUUGUCCGUUAUACCCUUUCAGAAUGUCCUGUUCUCAGCUGUCUCUGACAGGGGACUUGUGUAUCUCUUCUGAACUCUGUCCUGUUCGUGUCUACCAGACGCCUCUGAUGUACUUGCUUCUCCUAGACAGAGCCCUGGGGAUUUGGUCACGCGCUUAGUUAGCCAUGCACACCACUUCCGCACAUGCUCUCGGUGGGGAUGAAUGUAUUUAGCUGUCCGUUUGUCAGCGGUGUUCAUUACCUCCACAUUUAGGUUCCUUCUCGAGCAAACUGUGUAAACGAUCACAUGUUGUACAGACUAUGAUGAGAGAAGGGUGACAUUUCAUUGACCUGGUACACGUCCUCACCCAAACCAAACUCGUCUGUGUCACAGCGUAGACAAACCCCAUGUUCAUCUCUGACUUCACAGCCUUUAUUGCCUGACCUCAUUUGUGGCUGCAGACAAUAUUCGUUACAGUAGCUUAGCCUGCUUUAAAUUUAAUUAACAGCAAGUUGCUCUUUCUCAAUUUGCAAUGCAUUAAAUAAAACAACAGUUUACAUUCCGAAUUUCAUGCAGUUUUAUUCUGGGCAUAGCCCAUGAAACAAAAUAAAUAAAAUAAAAAAUACAUGAAACUUGUA